AUGUCUGCUGUUGCUGGGGAGCGUCGAGAUGUUGCUGUGGGGGGUUCUCCUCCUGGCCUUUGUGUGGAUGCCAGCAGCAGCAGCAGCAGCACGGACACGGACGAGCAGCAGCAGCAGCAGCAGCAGCAGCAGCAGAAGCAACAGCAGCAGCAGCAGCAGCAACAGCAGCAGCAGCAGCAGCAUCAAGAUCUUUUUGAAGCCAGGCCUGCUGCUGCAGCUUCUGCUUCUCUCGCGGCUAUACCGCCGCAUGCUGCUGCUGCGAGUACACAGCCAGCUCACACCAGCAGAGAAGCAGCAGCAGCAGCAGCGGCAGCAGCAGCAGCAGUGUCAGCAGCAGCAGCAGCACAAGCUCCCGUUGCUCCCGCUGCUGCUGCUCCUGCUGCUGCUGCUGCAUGCACUCCUGCUGCAGUCAGCGCAGCAGCAACGCAUGCAGGCGCCAACGCAGCUGCAGCAGCUCAUUGUGUGGGGGCAGCAUCGAAGACCCCGGCAUUAGCAGCAGGUGCUGCUGAUGCAGCAGGCGUUGCUCCCGCUGCUGCUGCUCCUGCUGCUGCUGCUGCAUGCACUCCUGCUGCAGUCAGCGCAGCAGUAACGCAUGCAGGCGCCAACGCAGCUGCAGCAGCUCAUUGCGUGGGGGCAGCAUCGAAGACCCCGGCAUUAGCAGCAGGCGCUGCUGAUGCAGCAGCAGCAGCAGCAGCAGCUGCAGCAGCAGCAGCAGCAGCAGUGGAGUCUGCUGUGUCUCCCGGUGCUGCAUGUACCGCAUCAGCAGCAACAAAAGCAGCAGCAGCAGCAGCAGCAGCAGGUGUUGCUGUUGCUUCGUGGACGUCUGCAUCGUGCACGGGUGAGGAAGCAGCAGCAGCAGCAGCAGCAGCAGCAGCUGCUUCGCGGCAGCACUCACGCAGCACAGGGUCUCUAUCGAGAGACACGGGAGAAGCACAGAGAGAGCUGGCGCUGCAGGAGCAGCAGCUGCGGCAUGAGCUGGAGGUGCAGCAGCAGCAGCAGCUGCAGCAGCACAAGCAGCAGAACUGUCGCUUUACUCUCCCCCAUACAAUCACAGUAAUGGAGAGAGAAGAUGCUGCAGAUAUGCCAGAAGCAGCAGCAGCAGCAGCCCCCAUACAAUCACAGUAA